AUGAGCACGCCGAAUAAGCGGCGCAAGACCAACAAUCAUCAGUCACCAGCCCAGCCAGUGAAAAGCCUCGACUUCUUCUUCGGCAAGCAGCGACAGAAGCAGGAGGAAGUCAAGGAAGAGCCGGGACAUGAUGCAUCACCACACAUGAACAAUGGCGAUGUGCAAGUGGAGGAGGCAGAAUUGACCGAUGAACAAUUGGCAAGAAAGCUGCAGGCUGAGUGGGAUGCCGAGGAGCGACAGCGAGAGCAGCAGCGUGAUGGACAGAAUCAGCCCUCUAAUAAAGACACGGUUUUCCAGCACGAGGAUGCUGUUACGAACAAUCAGACACAUGGCGAGCAAGCUGUAGCGACGGUUGAGGUGAAGCAGGAGGAUAAGCCGGGGAAUACGAGUAAUGCAUUUGCGGCCAUGGGAAAGAAGAACACGCUCAGUCUGCAAUCCGCUACAGCAGAGGAGGAUACCAUAUCGCACGAUGUACCAUUCGACGAGUCGCCAUUUACGUUUGAUCCUCAGAAGUAUCUUCCAGAACUCAGGAAACAAUGGGCUUCGGAAGGAGGCCGUUCCACAUAUGCGUUACUCACGCACUGUUUCGUGCUGGUCGGAAGCACAACGUCACGCAUCAAGACUGUAGACACGCUUGUCAACAUGCUUCGAACGCUGAUCGAAGGUGAUCCCGAUUCGCUUCUCCCUGCGGUCUGGCUUGCAACGAACUCGAUCUCGCCACCAUAUAUCGACAUCGAACUUGGCCUCGGAGGGUCUGCCAUCUCAAAGGCGCUGAAGAAGGUCUGCGGGCUGGACAACGCAGCUCUGAAGACUUUGUACAACAAGCAUGGUGAUGCUGGAGACGUUGCAUAUGAGGCCAAGAAGAAGCAGAGUUUCACGCUGCGCAAGCCGAAGCCACUUACCAUCCAAGGUGUAUACGACAGCCUUCACAAAAUUGCCGCGGCAAAGGGACAGGGUAGCCAAGUCGUGAAGCAAAGCUUUGUAGAGCGGCUGGUGCAAGACGCACGAGGUGCAGAAGAGAGCAGAUAUGUGGUGCGGACACUGGUACAGCAUCUGCGUAUCGGUGCCGUGAAAACGACUAUGCUCAUCGCGCUGUCAAGAGCCUUCCUUCUUUCCAAACCACCAGGAGCUGAAUUCGACACCAAGUCACGCGACGAUUUGGGAAAACUCAGCAAACAGGAUCUUGCAGCGAUCUUUCAGGGCCCAGAAGAACUCGUGAAAGCAUGCUUUGCCCGCAGGCCGAAUUACAACGAUCUCGUGCCAACCAUGCUGGAGAUUGGCGUUGAUGAGGAGUUGUUACUCCGAUGUGGCCUCGCAAUGCACAUUCCUUUGCGACCCAUGUUGGGGAGCAUUACACGGGAUCUAGGCGAAAUGCUCACAAAGCUCCAGGGUCGCGACUUCGCAUGUGAGUUCAAGUACGACGGUCAGCGAGCACAGGUUCACUGCGAUGCCGAUGGCAAAGUUUCAAUCUUCUCGCGACAUCUGGAAGUCAUGACUGAGAAGUAUCCCGAUCUUGUCGGACUGGUGCCCAAGAUUCGAGGUGAAAGCGUCAGCAGUUUUAUUCUUGAAGGAGAAGUCGUUGCGGUCGAUCGUGAGACUGGUGAUCUCAAGCCCUUUCAAAUUCUGGCCAAUCGAGCACGCAAAGACGUCGUCGUUCAGUCGGUGACUGUUGAUGUCUGCCUCUUUGCCUUCGAUCUCAUGUAUCUGAAUGGCGAGGAGUUACUCAAUCGGCCAUUCCGUGAGAGAAGAAGCCUGCUUCGCAGCUUGUUCGUCGAGAUCCCAAACCAUUUCACUUGGGUCAAAAGCCUUGAUGCCACAUCGAGCGAGGUUGAAGCCGUGAGCAACUUCUUCAAGCAAGCAACAGACAUAAAAUGCGAAGGCAUCAUGGUCAAGGUGCUUGACAAUGCAAUUAACCCAGACCUACUAGCCGAAAUGGAUAUCGAUCCCGAAGGUGCAGAGGCUGUUCCAUCAGCGCCUACGACCCCUUCCAAACCUAAGACGAGGAAAGGCGGCCCGAAAAGAACGAAGAAGGUCGUAGAUCCGCUCCAGAGCGGCGCGGCCAAGUACGCAGCUGAACAAGCUGCUCAAGCGUCCGCUGAUGCCACUAACGAAGAGAAGAAAACGGGUGCCAGGCGCAAAGCCCUGCUGGCCACGUAUGAACCCGACAAGCGCCUCGACUCAUGGCUCAAAGUCAAAAAGGACUACAACACGACGACCGACACCAUAGACCUCAUCCCGGUGGGGGCAUGGCAUGGGCAAGGGCGAAAGAAUGCUUGGUGGUCACCGAUCCUCCUCGCCUGCCGCAACCCUGCUACAGGCUCCCUCGAGGUCGUGACAAAAUGCAUUUCAGGCUUCACCGACGCAUUCUACAAAGCCAAUCGCGCCAAGUACGAUCCGGACUUUGAAGAUGAAGAUGGGGUCCAAAUCGGGAAGAAUACACUUUCUUCACGUCCGACUUAUGUGGAUUAUGUUGGAACGCCCGAUGUCUGGUUCGAACCGCAGGAGGUGUGGGAAAUGAUCUUUGCGGAUGUGACGAUCAGUCCUACGUACACGUCUGCAAUAGGUUUAGUGCAUGAGAAUAAGGGGUUGUCGUUGAGAUUUCCGAGGUUUUUGAAGGUGAGAGAGGAUAAGAGUAUUGAAGAGGCGAGCACAAAUGAGUUCUUAGCCGAGCUGUACCGGAAGCAGGAGAGGAAAGCUCCAACAACGGCGAAGGAUGUGGAUGUGAAGGAUGAGGAGGAGGAUGAGUUGUAUGAGUGAUAC